ACAAACAUGGCGACAACUUCAAAAUCGCCUCUUCCUCCACGUCCGCAAAGUGUCCCUCUAUUGAGGAAAACCAUGUCUCCUGAUUCAACAAACAUGAAGGAUUCCUCUCCGAUCAGAGCUAAGACACCAUUGAAUAAAUCCUUAGGGAAAUCGCUGAAUCUGAAGUCAGGGCCUGUUCCCGGAUCAUUCCUGUUUGGGACACCUUCUUACCCCUCCCCUCUGGAUCGCAUUAGACCAACCAAGAAGGACCGUGCCAUUGAACUUGGUUUAAGCACUGCACUGCAAGACUCUCUGGAUCUCAAUGCUACUUUCCCUAAAAUGUAUAAGGCAAAAUCAAAGUUAGAAGAUAACAACAUGGAUGUUUUCAAGCCCAGCAGAAAUCUUGAUCAGAUAUCAAGUGAUUCAUUGCACAGCUUUAGUUAUGCACCUGGCCAUUGCAGGGGCUCUUUCUUGGAAACUUCCCCUGAUCCUCGCCUGACGUCUUCAUGGCAGUUUUAUAACUUUGUUGGUGGAGCAGGAACUGGAGCUGUCUUUCCAACAACAGUGCGAAAUCCUAACAACGCAAUUGUCACAAUUAAUGCUAGGACAUCAGAAAUUUUGACAGCCAAUGACAUGGCAGCAGAGCUGUUUGGCUACUCCACCAAGAAACUCAUUGGAAUCAAAAUGUCACAGCUUUUUGUACACAAAGAAAAGCAAGAAGCUCUCGUGGAGCAGCAUAUUGAAGCCAGUGGUGCUGUUGUUAUGGUGAAUGGAAAAGUGUUGGACGCUGUGGACAGUUGUGGAAUUGUGUUCCCUGUUUCUGUGUGGAUGAAGAAGCUGACUUGGGAGGAAGAACCAAGAUGCAUCACUGUUAUGGAACCAGUGGAAAGAAAAACAGCCAUGGUUCUGUUUGAUGCUGAGGGCGUUAUAGUGGAUUGUGAUCAAGAUCUUUCAACCCUUUAUGGUUACUAUGUUACCACAGAUUUGAUUGGAGUCAAUAUUAAAAAGUUAAUACCUGCAUUGGAGUUGCCAACAAGUGAGAAUAUGAGCAAGCAUGUCAAAAAACAAAGAGCAACGGGAAGGACGAGGGAUGGGGCGACAUUUCCACUGAGCAUCUCCCUCAAACCAAAAUAUGGCAAGGAUUUGAAGAAGCUUGAUCGUGACAAAAAACUCCCCGAGGAUCAACUUUUCUUCAAGGGCGUGGUCUGGGUAUUUGCUAACAUCAGUGGACUAGUGACGUUCACACCUGAUGGAGUGAUCCAUUCCUGCAAUCACAACUUUGCUCUUAUGCUCUUUGGUUAUGCACAGGAGGAGCUGGAAGGAAAGCAUGUAACUGAUCUUAUUCCAAACUUCUAUGAUGAUAUGGAAGAUGUUGAUGACAACAGUAUGCCACUUCCCCCAUUCGAUGAUGAGGAUGACGAGUUUGAUUAUGAUUAUGAUGACGAUGAAUGGGGUUUCAGGGAUUCUAAAGAUAGGAAAAGUACAGUGGUUUACUCACGUGAACUGGAUUCUAAAGCAAGUAACUACAGUGGAGGAAGUCCUGAGGGGAAAAAUUUGGAUGACUCCAUUACAAGCUCACUGAGCACGAGCACAGGCCUGAGCAGUUCUCAUUCAACUGUGGGUAGUGGUACGUGCAAUGCCAAUGAAAGGAAAUCCAGAGAUUUACUAUCUCCAGCAAUGAACAGUACCUUUCUUGACAAAGAGAGCAUGAUCGCAAACUUUGGAGAUAGCAAAAUAGAAAACAGUCUUAGCGAACCCAGCUUUUCUUCUCUUGGGUCUGGAUGGUUUACUUCAGUGCUAACUGCCGAAGACAGUGGAAUAGAUGACAGUGGCGGGAGUGCAGAGAGGGUGCGUCUAGAGUUGGGGGAGGACGGGCAUGUUGGGCAGGGUGGCCCUGUGGCGGUCUCAUCGCCAGCUAACUUGUCUGUGCCGCUUGUGGAAUGUAAUGAAGAUGAUGACAAGUCUUGGUCUGGGUCCUUUUCUAGGGAUCAAAAUAAAAAUGAAAUUUGUGACAAGGAGAAUGAAGCAAAUGAUAAACUACAGAUGGAAUCACUGGAAAGCAGUGGGGAAGGUCCCGUAUAUGGAAAUUACGGAGCUAUGUUAAAAGUUGUUUCAGCUGUAUCCUUUCUUCAUAGCCAUAGCAUACUUCAUAGGGAUGUGAAGGAUGAAAAUAUCAUCUUGGAUGACAAAUUCCAUGUCAAGUUGAUUGACUUUGGGUCAGCAGCAUACAUGGAAGAAGGGAAAAAGUUUUGUACAUUUUGUGGCACAAUGGAGUACUGUUCACCAGAGGUUCUGAUGGGAAACAAAUAUGCAGGACCAGAUUUAGAACUGUGGUCAAUGGGUGUCACAUUGUACACUCUAGUGUUUGGUGAGAAUCCAUUUUAUGAUGUCGAGGAAACCAUACGAGCAGAGCUACAUCCUCCAUUUCUUGUCUCAAAUGCUGAUCAAGUGGAUGGUACACAACACCUUUUACAGUUACCACCAAGCGCAUUGAAUAACAGCCCUAGUGGUUCAGACAGCUCGCAAGAUGACAUUGAUUAUGGUCAGCAUGACAACCCACAGCUGUCUGCCCUUCAGGAAUAUCUCAGUUUGGUCGAUAAUGAGGACAAUGGGGGUGACUCGUGA